GAGCCACUUAAACAGCAGAGCAUUCGUACAGCUGAAUCAUCGGCCCACCAGCCCCGGGAGGAGGGGUAAUUAAUCUGCCUAUUUAGGAGGGGCUGCAUUGCGGAGACAGACAGAUACACGCGCACACUCACACCCAGACAAAAGCAAGGCAGAAAAUUCUGCAAGCCUGCCUGACGUCCAGCUGCCUCAGAAGACGCUUUUGGCACAAAGAAGACCGUCAGCUGGGUUAGCGGUCACCAGAUCCAACCCUUCCUUAAAACAGGUGGAGAUGCUGGACACAGCAAACAGCCAGUACGACUCCUUCCUGUACUGGAGAAUGCCCAUCCCGGAGCUCGACCUGGCGGAGCUGGAGGGGCUGGGGUUGGCCGACGCGGCACUCUACAAAGCCAAGGGAGGUGUGGGCAAGCGGUCUGGCGACUGGAAGCAGCUCAGGCAGGACAUCGCCGAGGAAGAGGACACGCUCCUGCAGUUCAACAGCUUCAAUUUCUGGCGCGCGCCGAUAGCCAGCGUUAGCGCGUUCGAUUUUGAUCUGGUCUGAUGCCAGUGGCCCAAGCACACGGCCGGGUCUCUUUGGUUAGGUCUCUGUGUUGUCCUUUACUUUGAAAGUGGUCGCUGACGAUGCCGAUUAAUGAAUCGCCCAGCGAUGACACCUCCAAGACUCAUCGUCCGUGUUCCCCACCCACCCACCCACCUUCUCUCUUCUCAAGGGUAUGUCUAUACAGUACACGCAGGUGCAGGCACACUUGAGUUAGUGUUACUCUAGCUAGCGCGGGUAACCAUCGCAGGGUAGUUGCGGCAGGCAGGCCAUUUAUCUGGUUUUAAGCUGGGCUGUCCUUUUUUUCCUGUGGUUGGGCCCCUGUCCAGCACCGGGAUAACGCCAGACACGGGUUUGUCCGGUAUCAGGCAUGGAGGACAUCAUGUUGAAGAGUGCGCCACUCUGCUCCGAUGGUGUGACUGGGGUCCGGGGAGCUUCCCCAAAAGUUGGGGGGCAGGGACCCCCAUCCUCUCCCUGGCACCGCCCCUGCCCCUCCUCUUACCACUGAGACCCCAGCCUUGGCCAAGCCAGAAACGGGGCUGGGGAGCCCAGGCCUCUCCACCUGCCUGGGGUACAGGGAGCUUGAGAGUAGCCCCUGGCCUGUGUUCUCAUCCCACCCCCCAAACCUUCCGCCCAGGGCAGGUGGAGUGUCCGCAGCUCCCCUCCGCUGCCCAGGCUCCCCUGGGCUCCUGUUGCUGGUCUGGCCAGGGGGUGGGGCCUUGGGGAAAGAGAAGGGGCAGGGACAGGGCCCGUGGCAAAAAGUGGCCCCUGCCCCUUCCGUUCCAGCACCUCUCACUGGGGUGCUCUCCAACAUGCCAUCCAUCCGGUCACUCCAAAGGGGCAGUGUCACACAGCUGGGGUCACCUCCAUGCCAUUCCCAGAAGUACUGGAAUGUCUGGUAAUUCUGGGAUGCAUCAGUGGCCCUCUUAACAUCUGGUGGCCCAGGCUGGCUACCCCAGUACUAGCCUGCCAGAGUCCUGGGGUGCCUAUUCGGGUUGCCAGCCCAUCCAAAGUCCGUCUCGCCCUUUUCUACCCUGUUAUUGUUACUCAUGCUGGCUAGACCAAAACAAACCGGGGUGUGCCGAGCUGUGUGGCAGUCACACCGUCACAUGCCCGUCGUUAGCUCACAAGUGUUGGAAGCCAC